ACAAAACUUGGCAGCAAAUCUCUAAAAUGAAGACACCCAAAACCUUUGAGGAGCAAACAGAAUGCAUCAUGGACUUUCUACUCAGAGACUUAUUAGGUGCACCUUCAAAGGUGACUAACCGGGACCUAUGUGGUGAAGGUGAACUUGAAACAGAUUCAGGAGAGGCUUGCUCUUUUGACGUGGCCAUCAUUGCUGGUCGCCUUCGGAUGUUGGGGGACGAGUUCAACGGAGAACUGGAAGCUUCUGCCAGAAGUGUCAUUGCAGAAACCGAUCGGGGACAGGUAGGAGCUGUCCUUCAGAACACAGUAAAAUCUCUCAGCAAGGCCUGGUGUGCUCAGAAUUCCAGCUUAGCUUAUGAGAGAGCCUUUUUGGCAGUUUCAGUGAAACUGCUUGAAUGUGUGAGCCGCCUAGCUCCAGAAAUGGCAAGACAGGUGGCUACCCCCAUGACAGAUAUGAUCAAUGGGAAUGGCGCCAUCCGGGAGUUCAUCCAGGGCCAGGGAGGUUGGGAAAAUCUGGAGAGCUGAAGAAGAGGCAGAGCUCUUUCCCAGCCUGAACAUCUCUUCCUCUUUGACUAAUCAGGUGACUGAUUUCUGGCAAUUAAAACAGAAACAACCAAAUCAAAAACCACUUUCUUUUGGACACAACUGAACUUAGUUAGAUAAUUUAUUUCCUAUCAAUAAAGUUGGGAGGAGCUUCGAGAGGUCCACAGAGAUUUUGUACUUCUGUUUUGAUGUGAGUUUUAAUGAGGUUCUGUUGAAGCAAAGACCUCCAGACACAAAGCGGUGCCUUGUUAGCAGUGGAAUUCCAGGGCAGGCUUUUGCUGGAGUUAUUUGGGGGAGGAGGGAGCACACAGUAAACUAUUCCUUCAGAUAUAGCUCUAUCUUGGGUGAGAAUCUUGUCUACUAAUUUUGCAGCCAAGAGAGAUUUUUGGUUGGGAAAUCUUGUUCGUUUAAGUUGAGGAUUUUCUUUUAAAUUCAUAGUCUCAGUUUCAUGUUAAUUUCAUCUGAGCAGGAUUAUUUUAUGCAUUUUCAAGAUUGGAAGUGAAACUAGAAGUUUGCCCUUCUAUUAGAAAGGUCAAAGAAAGAUAAAACAGUUGCUGCAUUUUUUUCUGCCACAGAAUGCUGGAAGUGCUGGCCCACAUCCAGGACAGGAGGGCCAUCUCACCUUAGAUGAAGCUAGCUGCAUGCCACAUUUCAAAGUGAGGCACAUGCCACUGGUGGACCUUACAAAUUGCUGAUUUCCAGGUCCCAUCCUAGAGAUUCUGCUCCUGUA